UCUAUUCAUAACUUUCACGCUACGCUACGCUUUCAUUUUGGGUCUUGACUUGGGACAUAACCCUGUCAUAGUGUUUUAUUAUUGUGGCGAAUCUUUAAUUUCAAAUUGAUUUAAUAAUAAUAUUUCAGUGAUUUGUUAUACUCAGAAUUUCAACUAGUGCUAUUUUUAUUUAAAAUUUAAUCGAGCAUGUGAUUUUGGAUUUAUAUAUUAAUUUUGAGUUGUGUUAGGCCUAAAUGGAAAUUUAGUAGCAGACGUGGAUAAUGGCUGGAGUUUUUGAUAUUGAAUUACAUGAUGCUGACACUGUAAAUAAUCGAGACGACUCGGAUGACGACGCAAUUGAAAUAGAAGAGGCGGACUACGAUGAAGAUCCCAACAUAAAUGGCAUCCCUAUUGAUUCGGAUGAUCAUGAGACGGUCCACUUGUCCGAACAUGUGGUCAACAUGCACAAGGAGAAGACAGGACCACAGGAUUUUGAACUGCGCAAGGUCCUUGGCAAAGGAGGCUAUGGUAAAGUGUUCCAAGUCAGAAAGAUUACUGGCCAAAACUCAGGAACUAUUUACGCAAUGAAAGUUCUCCGAAAAGCCGCCAUUGUACGCAAUCAAAAAGACACAGCGCAUACAAAGGCUGAACGGAAUAUACUUGAAGCCGUUAAGCACCCGUUUAUUGUGGACCUGAUGUAUGCUUUUCAAACGGGUGGCAAACUUUACCUCAUACUUGAAUACCUCAGUGGGGGUGAGUUGUUCAUGCAUCUAGAGAGGGAAGGAAUCUUUCUUGAGGACACUGCAUGCUUCUACUUAUCAGAAAUAAUAUUGGCGUUAGAACACUUACACACUCAAGGAAUCAUUUAUCGAGAUCUGAAACCAGAAAACAUACUGUUGGAUUCCCAGGGACAUGUGAAACUGACAGACUUCGGUCUGUGCAAGGAACACAUCCAGGAGGGCAGUGUCACUCACACAUUCUGUGGCACCAUUGAGUACAUGGCUCCAGAGAUCCUGACGAGAAGUGGUCACGGCAAGGCGGUUGACUGGUGGUCACUGGGAGCACUCAUGUACGACAUGCUCACCGGGGCGCCUCCCUUCACUGCUGAGAACCGUAAGAAGACAAUAGAGAAGAUCAUGAGAGGUAAACUGGUGCUUCCUCCAUACCUGACUCCAGACGCUCGCGACCUCGUCAGAAAACUGCUCAAGCGCACUCCUUGCCAGAGACUAGGUGCCGGCCCAGGGGAUGGGGAACUAGUCAAGAGACACCCCUUCUUCAGACACAUCAACUGGGCUGAUGUGUUAAGUCGUAGACUGGAGCCUCCAUUCCGACCUGCGUUGAGUGGUGAUGACGACGUCAGCCAGUUUGACACCAAGUUCACCAAGCAGACGCCUAUCGACAGCCCUGAUGAAAGCACACUCAGUGAAAGUGCUAACAUGGUGUUUCAGGGCUUCACCUACGUUGCCCCGUCAGUACUCGAGGCAUCAUUCAAACCAAGGAUCAUUCGAGCUCGGUCACCUCGCAAAACCAACCCGUUCUCUUCCCCAUUGCGGAACCCAUUUGAGAACCACCUGAACCCAACACCACCUGAUGAAAUGAUGGAGGUAUCAUCACCCCUGCACCUGGGCCCACCUGUAUAGCAGGCCCAGGCAGUUUAGGUUCUAAUUGCUGCGAGGAUCCCGCUUCUCGUCGCAUGUUAAAUAAUUACGCGAUCAUAAAUUAAUUUCUAUAUCUAUAAUCUUAGUUUUAUUUUCUGUUAGUUAAAUUAUUUGAUGUGAAUAGGCUUGGUUUGUUUAUGCUAGUAAGUCGUGUCAGCUUUCACUGUUUCGUUAUCGGUUCUGAUCAAUGAUAUUCGAGUCUUAGCAGCAAAAAUACUCACUAGGUGGGGGGUUGACUGUAGGAUUUUGUUUUCUUUAAAAUCACAUUUUUGCAUACAUCAUUUUGAUUUUUGUAACCCAACAAUUUUCUGGGACCAAUGUCCUUAUGUUUUUACAAUUUGAAAAAGCACAAAAUUAAUUUGACAAGACUAAAUAAACCUUUGCUUGCUCUAGUCAUGAAUCGUUAGCACUGAAUCCAUGUUGAAAAAGGUUUUGGUUCUAAAUGAUUAUUUUUGUUUGUUUUUAAUUGUUGGUUAUUGUACCAACUGAAGCUUAAAAAAAGACACAUAUUGCUGCUAAAACUGUUUUUAAAGUUCUAACUGGUUUAUGGUAAGAUUAUGUCCCUUGAAUAAUUAAUAUAGACUAUAUCAUUACUUUAGUAAAACAACAUCCAAUAAUAAUUUUUGGUUGUAUUUAUAUGUAACAGUUUACAAAAGAACUAGCUUAAAUGUAUGUCAGUUUUAGUUAGGUUUUGAGGGGUAACAGUGUUAAUCAAUGUGUGAGUUAUUUUUUAAAUAUACUUCAAAUCUAAUAAUUUAUUUUGAUACGGAUUGACAAGUAGUGAGUUUUUCUUUUCAUACACUAACUAUAAAGGUUUAUCAGCAUACAUUUAAACAUAUCUGUCAAUACAAUAAUGAUUAUAUUUUUCUGUUAAGUUUUUUGUAGUCAUUGAAUUUUUACAUUUAUUGUUACCAUUUUUGUUAUGACCGUACACAAAUCAUGCAUGUUUUAUGUUAGAUAUUUGGCUAUGUUAAGGCUUAGGAGGGAAAUGAGUCCAUAACAAUCAAAUAGGAUUUUUUCUGGGACCAUAGUUUUGUUCCCUAAAUAUUUUUCUUUGGAGUAGUUGAUUAUCAAAGAAACUAACAGAGCACCUAUACUUUUGGUAAAUUUAUGUAAAAAAGAAUAGGCAUUUUUUUAUCAUUGGAUACAUUUUUAUUGCCCAAGACCGGUCAUAAAGUUAAAUAAAACACCAGUUUGUAUUAGUGUUAUUACCAUCCGAUCCAGUUAAGAGCUUUUGUGUUAAAACAUUAUGAGUCUCAAAUUAUCAUUUCAAUUAUUUCAAUAUUCCUACAAAAGUAGACUAAUCUAUCUUUGCCAAAAAUCCAUCUAGAUUUUUUAAAGAAUUAAUUAUUACAGUACAAAUAAAUUGUUUGAACCUUUUUCAGAAACAAAUCCACACAAUCGUGCAUGAAAGUACAAAAUAUUGCUUGCUGUAUAAAGAUUGUAUAUUCUAUCGCUUGAAACAAAAAUUACGAUGAACUUUCAUCUUUUUAAUUAUUUAACCACUUCUUUGUCAGUGAAUUUUUGAAGUGUGUAUUGCAUUAAAAGGGUUGAAAAAGAUUAGUUGAAAUAAAAUUUUACUCUGAUAGCCACAUGUUUACAUGAUUAUAUUGUUAUCUGAUUUGUUCGUAAUUUAAAGUUGUUGCACACUGAAAACGUAUAGUUGAUAAUUGAUAGUUUUACCAAUUCCAUGCUGAUAUUGGCAAAGAGAAUAUUUUUUACAUUAAAAUUAAUAAUUAUUUCAAGCUACUGAGUGAUUAUAAACUGACUUUUAAAACAACUAGCCAGUUCAUCACAGCAAUGGUAUAAUAAUGCCAUACUUACUUACAUGUUAAAGGUUUAUACCUACAAUUUUUUUUCCUAGUUUUUAUUAUGUACCGUAGUAAAUUCGUUUGUAAACUGUUUAAAUUAUAAUGAACUGGAAUGAUGUAAUAAUGCGACGCUUUUACUAUAAAAGUUUCAGUAAAAUUUUGUUUAUAAAUUAUAACAAAGACUUGGCCAUACACUUUUAUGAUCUGGUUCAUUGCUUUUUAGUCAAUGAUUAUACAUUGAAAAUGUACUGAGCUAUGAUAAAAUGUCAAACAUUAUUUAGAGCUUGUUCCCCCAGUACGUUUUUUAAUCUUAACUAUGUUUAUACAUUGCGAUUUGUAGUCAUCUGACAUUAAACAUGAUUCUCUCUCUCUGAACUCUCUUUCCUCUUAAGCUAGUGUUGCCUAGUUAUCAACAGUUACCAGUUAACUUCUGUCCCAUGUAACUAUUCUGGUUGGUUAAGUAUCGUUCCAUAAUGACUAUUUGCUCAAUAGUCAAGAUCAAAUAUUAGAUUCAGUUACAUAGUAACAAUUUUUGUACUGCUUGUUUAUUACUGGGAAUAAGUUAAAUGUAGCUCUAUGGCAUCUUGCAAUGUUUAACUUAAAUUAAAAUUAGUGUUAGUUAGAGUUACGUGUCUUAGUACAUUUUGUACAUUUUUUAUAACAAAAUAAAACUGGAUGUGUUUCUAACUUAGAUUUUGAGAGAAAUAAAUGAUAUUGUUAAAUUA